UGUUCGGCUGCCGCAUCUCAGCGCAUCCGGCGAUGUAUCUCCGCAGGGCUGUGUCUAAGACUCUGGCGCUGCCCCGGAGGGCGCCCCCCGGUCCCGCGCCACUGGGGAAGGACGCAUCUCUUCGCCGAGUGUCAUCCAGCAAAUUCCCUGGACCAUCUGGCUCCAAUAUGAUCUAUUACCUGGUUGUAGGUGUGACAGUCAGUGCUGGUGGAUAUUACACUUACAAGGCUUUCACAUCAAAGCAAGUCAGACAUACAGAACAUGUAACUGACCCGAAAGAACAAACAAAGGCGGAGUUACAACCACUUCCAGGCGAAACGGAGCAUGUGGCAGAAGCCGGGAAAGCGUGUUCAGAGACUGGAGAAAUUUCUGUAAAGGAAUCUGACUCUGUAGAUGCUGAGGAAGUCCCAGAGGCUGCAGCUGUGCUUCCAGAAGAGUCUCAGGCCUCCGCCUCUGAGGUCCCUGCCGAAGCUGCCCUGGUGGAGACGUCCGUAUUGAGCUCAGAGCCUGAGCUGAAGAUCACUGACGACCAUGACGCUUCCCCGGUGGAGACCACCGAAGGUGUCCCAGAAUCCCCUCCGGAGGUGGAGGGUGCAGCGCCAGACCAGGCCGACGUUUGCAGUGAGGGGGUUGAUGAUAACAGCAAGGAGGGGGCUGAGACCAGCAAGGAGGGGGCUGAGACCAGCAAAGAGGAGGCUGAGACCAGCAAGGAAGCUGAAGGUACCACUACUGCGGACGCGGAAGAGGAGGAGAGUGCGGAGAAUGCCGAACUAGAAGAAAGCCCUCCCUUAACCUCUGAACCCUCUGCCCAGCCUGAGUCACAAGAAGAAACCGAGGUCACAGCAGAAGCAGCAUCACCCCAAGGCUGAUCUGCAAAAUUCUAUAGUUGCUUUUUUAUUUUUAGUAACCUUAGCCCUCCUUUCUAGAAUAUUUUAAUAUACCUUAAAGAAUUUGGCUUUACUAAUAGAUAUUUGAUUGAGAUUUGAUAUUCUACAUGUCUUAAUAGUUUUCUACCCUUUAAAAUCAGUCUGUGUUAAGACCUUAAUCAGUGUUAAGUUUGGAUUUAAGUUUUACAUUCUAGAAAUUGAGUUAUCUAUGCAACCUAUGUCACUUUGAUUUUGCUCUGCCUUUCUCUUACUUUAUUAUAUGUAAGACUAGAUUGUUGGGUUUGACGUGAACUCAUUUAAAUAAAAUUAGAAAAUCCUA